AUGUGCAGUGAAAUUAUUCCUCCAAGAUUUAAUGAUCAGAUAUCUCCUGUAUUGUCUUUCCUCCGGGAAUUAUUAUCGGUGGCGGAUGGAGAUAAGCCUGAUGGAAGAGCUAUACUAUCCAGACUCCAACUUGUUAUAUUUCUUGAUCAUUCAAGUGAACUAUACAAAGUCUUAGCUGAAGAAGGCGUGUACUUGCGAAUCAUAGAAUUUCUUCUGUUGGAUUUCAUUAUUAUAGCUAUGAUCCUAGGAAAUUUGGCACCGUGUGGAAAGGCUAAAAAACAAAUCAUAAUCGACACUAGAGAUCUCUUUGGCCUUAAGUGGCUACUUGGGCAAACUGACAAACUGAUUCUUAAAGAAGCAUGUUGGAUAAUAGGGAACCUUGUAGGUGGAACAAGAAACCAUUUACAGAAUAAAUUGAAUAAAUUUGAUACGAGGUAUGAGGCUGCGUGGGCCAUCUAUACUUUCAGCUGUGGAAGCUUUAAACAAACAAGGUACUUGCCGCAACUAGAAGUUAUUGGAUGCGUAAGGGGAUUAUUUAAUCUCAUGACUUUUACAAACGAACCAAAGUUACUUGAUGUGUGCCUAAAUGGGCUAAGCAAUUUCUUAAUUCAUGGCAACAUGCUAAGGAAAAAAUCUACUAUCAACGUUUAUGCCGAAGAUAUUAAAAAUGGUAACACAAUUGCUUUGUUGAGGUUAUGGUCUUUGAAGAAUCACAACAAUGAAAAUAUUUCUUAUUUGGCGGGUAAGAUUUUUGAAGAAUAUUGGUCUUCGGAAAAUGUUAUAAACAGUUUUGGGAAUGUACUGAUGUAUUGA